CGCGAUAGAAUCUAAAUACUGUGGGAACGGGGACUCCACCGGUAGAAGAGAGUAAUCUUGAGACUGAUGAAGUAAUGGAAGACGAUCACGACCCUUCUGCACACGAGCCGUGACAGAUUUCGAUUACUGGAUUGGAUGAGGCUUUGAUAAAGUCCAUCAAGGCUUUUCAAAUACAAAAAAGGUGAUGGUUUGGUCUAAGGAUCGGAUUGCUUGGUCUGUCUCAACGAUUUCCGAGAUGAUGAGAGUUUAAGGCUGUUGCCUAAAUGCAGCCAUGCUUUCCAUCUCCCCAGCAUUGAUACAUGGCUCAGGUCUCACUCGAAUUGCCCUUUCUGUCGAGCUAAUAUAGUCCUUAUUACUGCUUCAGAAGCGCCCCCGAUGACCAAAACUCCUCCGGGGAUCAAACAAGCAUCAGCAAAUGAAAAUCUAGCCGAUGAACAAGGUUCACAAAGACAUGCUGAGUUUCCAAAGACUCCGUCGUCGCGUACUUUCAGUGAUCUAAGAGAUGCCGUGAUUCGUAUUAGAGACGAAGGUUAUCAUCAACAAAUGAGAAGAUCAAUCUCCAUGUAUCAUUUGUGCCAAACCCAUGUAUCAGUUGGGAAUCAAGAGGGUGAUGGAAGAGAUGAAGAGCGCCGGUUCUCAUCAGGUAUUGCUGGUUCAUCGAAACAACCAGGUGAAGCCUGUAAGGUUAGCAAUAGAAUGAGCGUGUUGCAAUGUGCAAUGAAGAGAUCCUUUUCCAGUGGUAGAUUGUUUCUUGCUAGGCAAGGAAGAGUAAGAGAUUUAUCCGUUCCCCUUUCAAAUCCGCAGCUUUAAAGGGAAACAAAUCAUAUUCACAGUUGCAUAAUCAUGAAUUCAUGAAAAAG